AUUUCCCACACCAUUUCCAAAAUCCAUGGCAACGCAAGUGUGGCUGCCGCCGAUCGUGCGUCAGAUCGUCCAAUGCGUCUACGACGCCGACGACGUUGCGGCCUUCCUCUGCGCGCUGCCGACGUCCGCCAUUGACGACGCCUUGGAUGCGCUCCGAACGCUCCUCGCGCCAGGCCACAUGUACCAUCUCUGGCCCUUCCCCAACACGCAGGCCAUGCCCGGGGUGGAUGUCUCGAUGCUUGCUCGGGCGCUGCCGGCGAUGCGAACGCUGUGCGUCGAUGAGAGCUGGCUCCGCGCGAACCGCAGCCGCGUGGGCCGUGCGCCGUCGACCACGAUUCACGCUUACGUCCACGACGUCCCACGCCUACGUGCCAACUAUGGCGACUGGGUCGAGUCGAUCACGCUCAUGGCCAUCAACGUACCCUUCAUGAUGCGGCUCGAUCCUCGAGCACUCGCCCACUGCGCCCAGCUCCGCGCGCUCUACAUCCACUGGCAGUUUGGUAGCGUCGACCAAGGCCAGCUCGACGACGUCCUUGGCGUCAUUCGCGCGUCGUGCCCGCGGCUGCGCCGCCUUCGGCUCUCAGUCGACCGACUCUCGCUGCUCGACAACGCCUCUAGUUUGGUGGCGUGGCUCGCGCGACCAAACACGCGCGAAUUAAAGAUCAUUGGCAUCGACUUUGCCCCUGCGGCAGCCAAGAAGGUAGCCCACACGAUGCUGGCAUCGACGACCUUGACGAUGCUCAAGCUCCUCCUCGUGCCCAACGUCACGCGGUUCCUCUUGGACUUAUCGCUGCCGCCAGUGCCGCCGCAGCUGCGCCGCCUCGCACUCCGUCGGGAGAAGCUCCCGGCCGAGGCGUUCGCUGCCAAGAUUGCAGGCUCGCGUCUCGUGGGCUUCGCCUUGGCCAUGGUCGAGCCUGUCGACGUGACGCAGAUCGUGCGCGUGCUGGCGUCGAUUCCAACGCUGCGCAAGAUCAAGCUCGAGAACGCACGCUUGACGGCGCUGCCCCCCAUGCCCCAGCUGCAGGCGCUCGUGCUACCGAGCGUUACCGUGACCAACGAUGUUGUGGAGGGUAUCGUGCUGCUGCUCACGUCGUCGCAGCAGCUUGGGCGCCUCAACAUUAGCGAGACACCGCUCUCGGACGCCCAAAUGAGUGGAAUCCUCCUCGCGCUCUCGGGGUGGCUGAGCCGCCGACGCGACACGAGUUAUGUGGCCCUGCGCAUCUCCAAGGCCAGCAGCACGCAGCUCACUGCAGCGCUGCGCCAAACGCGCAACACGAACGAGAUCCAGCUCCAAGUCCGUGACAUGGGGCUCGGGCUCGCGGGCCGCAAGCGCAUCGUGACAGUGCUCCGCGCCACGUCCAAGGUUUCGCUCCAGUUCAAGUACGACGCCGAUUGGGCGGACGACGACCAGCAACGUCUCGAAGACCACGGUCGACGCCACCGCAUCGAGUUUGAACAGGACUGGGCGUUCUCGCCUUCGGGCAAUUAACCACCAAUUCAUUUUGUCUUUUUGGCUCGUA